AUGGCACAAGCUCUUCAAAAUCCCCAAGUCCCAGUGAUUUACGAUUUAAGCAACGAAGACAUAGAAUAUGACAGAGUUUCGGAUAUAUUACGCAGUCUCCAAACGGUAACUCCUUAUUACUGUGUUCCACUGAAUCGACCCCCUGACACUUUGAAUGAAGGUUUACGUUUCCAGCCUUCUUUUUCUGAUACCGACUUUAACACCUCAAUCGUUUCCACAUGUAUAUUUGGCAAGACAACUACAUUUGAAAGAGUGAAAAGUAUUCAAGACUGUAUCGCGGAAGUGAGAUGGGCUAACCACAUCGGUGUGUUUGGACUUGUAGUACCUCUUCCAUCCAAUAUCAACAUCGAUUAUUAUAGAUAUGUCAGUACGAUUUGCAACUUGUCAAGAUGUCCCGUGUGGAUCACAGUGCCAUUGGCAGCAGAUGGCUGGCAGAUGUGGAACACCAUCAGAAAGGUCAUUGGAUAUAACACAAACAUACGGCCGCUUUUAAGUCUUCAAGAGAAUCUCACCGUAGAGUUUGACUUACUUCAAGUGUGGCGAGCGGAAAAUGUAGCUGGUGUUAUUUUCGCAAAACAGAUUGUCCAAGACAACGGAAAAUUGACUCGGGAGAACGACAUUUUCCUCCACAAUUUGUUGGACUUUGAUAUUUCCAUCUUUAUUUCCAACUUUGAGCCAAGCACUGAAUUGGUAAAGAACACGAUUGAGUAUAUCGAGUGGCUCAAAACGUCACGCACAGAGCCUUCACAAUACGAGAAAGGUAUAGUCGAGUUUAGAGAUACUAUAGAAAAGCCUAUUCAACCACUUGCACACGAUUUGGACUCUGUUGUGUAUGAGACAAUUGAAAAAGAGCCAUUCAAAUAUCAAAAGUAUCGCAUGGCCUUCAUACUAGCACUCCACGAUAAAGCUGGAGUCAUCCAACAAUUUAGUCCAUUAAACCCGUUCCGUAUCAUGAUAGCCGGUGCUGGUCGAGGACCACUCGUUCAAAUGGUCAUCGAUGUAUUGAACGUGAACCGUUUUGCUCACAAUUGUGUGGUGUAUGCUGUUGAGAAAAAUCAGAAUGCUGUUGCUACUUUGUCAUAUCGCAAACGUACACAACACGAUUGGAAAAAUGUUGAGGUGAUUGGAUGUGAUAUGCGGAAGAUGAACAUGCCCAAUAAAGUAGAUAUCGUAAUCAGUGAAUUGUUGGGCUCUUUUGGGGAUGACGAGUUGUGUCCAGAGUGUUUAGAUGCGCUUCUUCCUCUUGUUUUAAAGAGUGAUGGUGUUACUAUCCCACGUACCUAUUCGAAUUACAUCCAACCCAUAUCAAAUAGUGUGGUUUACACGUCUUUUCUCGAGAACCAAUACAGUUUCGAACAACCAGUUAUAUGCAAUCAAUUCAAUUAUGCGGCAUUCUCUUCACCACAAAAGUGUUUCACAUUUGUCCAUCCAUCAGUCGAUGAUCACCAACGAUUCGUCGACUUCAAAUUUGUGUCGAAGAUGGAUGGGGCCUUACAUGGGUUCUCUGGCACAUUUAAUGUCGAGUUGUACAAGAACGUGAAACUAAGUACCGUCCCUGGAGAACAUACCCCAGACAUGUUCAGUUGGUUCCCAUUCUUUUUCCCUAUUCAGCCUCCAAUCGACUUAAAACGAGGUGAUGUGGUCGAGUUUUUGUUGUGGAGGAACGUUACUGGGCAUAGAGUGUGGUACGAGUGGAUGGUUGUCACACCUUUGAUCACAAAAAUUUUUAACUCAUCUGGGAAACAUGCGAUGAGCCUCUUUGCUGUUAAAACUGUUUCUUUGUUGAGGUUUCGUCUUGAGUUAAUUUCAAGUUUGGAGGUCGAAUGA